AUGUUCGCGAAGGGCUCGGAGACGGUGAUUGACGACAUCGACGAGUCGCAACUUACCGGCGAUAAUGGGGAACUUUAUCUCUUCCAAUGGGUUUCAUAUGUUGAGAAGGCUCUGAAAGCUGUUCACGCUGAUGAGGUCAACGCGAAACAGCAAGUGAUCGAGGCUACAUUACUCAAAGUUGUCAAUGGAAAUCAACCUUAUCCACCCCCUGGGCGUGCUUUGAGAGAUCUUCUAGUCAAAUGCUAUGUAACACUUUACACUCGAGGGGACACGCGAAGCCUGUUCGACACAUUCCAGACCUUCAUCAAGAUUGCGGGCGAUGUGAAGGCACCCAAUGACUUGACAAAGAUCACAGCCUAUAGUGCACUUGGAGCACUUAUGCUGGCUUUUGGUUCUAAUCACAUGUCGUUCAUGGCGGAGCUUUCCGUCAUUGUUCAGAAAACACUGAAAUCAUCCAGCUCACCUCAUAUACGAUAUCAUGCCUUGGUUUCUAUGCGCAAAGCACUCGAGACAGCUCGGAAAGCACUCCCUGAUAACACGGCUAAAGAUGUGAUCAAGCAGCUGAAGAACGCGCUUAAUGACAAGGCACUAUCAGUUCAACGAGCUGCAGCAAACGCUUUGGCCAUCAUGUACACCCCUGAAGAGUUCGUAACGUUGGCGGAUGUCGAGUCCACAAUCACACUUUGCGUCCGAAGUGGAGAGAAUGCAGAUCAAUUGACUAGACAAGCCUUGGCCCAGCUGGUGGGACAUCUACUUGCAGCUACUCAAGUUGAAAGGUCGGCUCCCAUCCCCGAACCUCCGAAAGCGAAGAAGGGAGGGGAGGAUGCAGCGGAAGAGUCCACGCCUUCUCAUGCGAUGGCGGAAAACAAGAAACCACUGCUUACGCCUUCGGAGAUGCUCUCGCAGUUGUCGACACACUUCCUCAAGAACCAGACGUCUCGCAAGUCUCGUGCAAGUAUCUUUGACUUCUACGUGGCUCUGAUUCAAAAGCUUGGUUCUGAGUUUGCUGAGACCAAUUAUUCUCUCAUUGUCAGUCAUUUCAUGACGGAGAUCGCUUCCAGCUCGAAAUCGUCUGCCACAAGAUUUGAUAAACUCUUUGUUCGCAAAGCUGUCGGCGUCAUUUUGAGGGAACUGAUAGCUGUCCGGAUGCUGAGCGAACAAGGCCAAAUCGCUGCUAUUCAAGAGCUGAGCUCCGCCUAUUUGAAGAAAUGGCCCGCUCUUAUGCCUGGCCAAACCUCGCCAAGCUCCCUGAUUCUCACAUUAGCGCUACAAGAGGUUUCUGCGUUGCUUCAACAGCUGGGAAAUGCCCCACCACCUCUGCAGGAUGCCAUUCUUGACCCUCUCAUGAACUUGUUGUCUCAUCCAAGCCAUACCGUCCGCAUUAACGCCAGCUGGACUCUGCGGUGUUUUUGCCACUCCACUCCUCUCCGGUUGCAGAAAGCAAUGCAUUCGGUCGCGGACUUGCUACGAAGAGACAUCGAAUCUAUGCAGUCGCUAGCUGCUCCGUCCGAUGUGGACAAGCGUGCCCUAGGUCACGCGUAUGGGCUCGCAGCAUUAGUGGCUAUCAUACCCCUCCAUCCCCUCUACGUUUCCUUCGAUGCAGCCACUGAUGUUCUCGAUACGGCCACGCAAUUGCUAAAGCGCGCUAGCGAACACGACGUACGUAUCGCAGGCGCCGAAGUUGAGAUAGCUUGGACAUUAAUUGCUGCGCUGAAUUUGCUCGGACCGAAUUUUGUUCGCCCUCAUUUACCACAACUUCUUGUUCUCUGGCGAAAUGCUCUACCGAAGGCAACAAGCAAGGACGCUAUGAACCGUAGUCCGUCGGAAUGGGAAUUCCUCUUGCAUGUCAGAGAGAGUGCUCUUGGUGCCAUCUUGUGCUUCUUGAAGCACAACGCCACUCUGCUUACUUUAGACGUCGGCAGAAGAGUAUCGUCUUUGCUUAGUAACGCUCUUGCUUUCAGCAACAGUUUCGACUCCCAGUCGAUUGAGGACAGUGAAGCACCUUCCCUGGAGCAAAAAGGCCUUUCUCUUCGCGCGCGAGAGGCGGCUCUUCGGCGCAGAAUAUACCAGUGCUUCACAGCACUUGGAUUAUCGACCGUCACUGAGUCCACUCAGUCAAGUCUCCUGCAGUCUGCGACUACAAUAUUUGCCAAUCCUGAAGGGCGUAUGCUAGGUUCUGCAAUGCAGGCAGCGAUCGCCUCUUCUUCUGGCAGUUUCACGUCAAUUUGGCAAGUAACUGAUGGCUUUGCGUAUGGCGUAACUACCGUACCGUUAGUCGACGAAGAAGAUGUAGAUACCAAUAAGGCGGCUUUGAACAUUCACAAGGCCGGUCAAGGUAACGAGCUCAUCGAGGGUUCCCUAACCCUCCUGCUUCGAAGACCCAUUUUAGGCGCAUGUGAGCACGAUCCAUUGUCGCUGUGCCUACCGACUCUCGAGGAAGUUUUGGCAUUGGACAUCCCGCCGCCCACCACGGGAGUCGUGGAUGAAGCAAUCGUUCUCUUCUCUCAACUACUCCCUCUGCAAGAUGUGACUUCCACCGCUCGUGUAAUCAGUGGGCUGGUUGAGGCACUACGGUCUCCAAAGCUAGAGAAAAGUCCAGGCCGCAAGGCCGCCAUGACUGUUAACAUAAUGGUUGCCAUUUUACAGACUUUACGCCUUUCGACGACGAUUCACUAUCGUCAGGCAAAGGAGACUCUAGGAAAUCCACAAGUCACUUCGGUGUUGGCGCCAUUCUUGAAGGACAUACUGAUAGAUGCGGACUCUAGCCUGAGGAUGGCCAGCAGUGAAGCACUCGGGCGCCUUGCCAACGUCGCUGGGACAGCUUUCCUGACGAAUCAGACCAAGACAUUGGUAGAUCACGUCGUGAAUAAGCGUGACCCGCAAGGUCGGGCUGGCUGUGCUCUUGCUUUUGGUGCGAUCUACUCCCAUGUUGGUGGUCUUGCAGCUGGCCCCCUCCUCAAGACAACUGUCAAUAUCUUAAUGUCUUUGAGUAACGAUCCUCAUCCACUAGUGCAUUUCUGGUCUUUAGUGGCUCUAGCACGCGUGGUGCACGCGGCUAACUUGGCGUUCUCACCUUUCAUCUCAGCCACUCUGACUCUGAUGUUGAAGAUUUACUUGUCAGAGCACCAUGAGACCGAAGGAGGCACUCUAAACAACGCUAAUAUGAGCGGCGAGCUCCAGGCAUCUCCUGUAGUUUGUCGCAUUGUCGACGCAAUCAUUACCGUGUUGGGUCCCGAUAUGCACGAAUCAGAACGAACUAGGACCCUCAUUCUGGAUCUUGUCAAUGGCUUCACUGUUGAUCUAGACGAAAUGGUAUCCAUCGAGGCAAUCAAAUGCAUCCAACACCUCCUAAUGUUUUCUCCUGAGCAUCUCGAUAUCCCAGAAGUCGUGAAGUACUUCAGGAGUCACCUAAUUUCCUCCAGGCGCCCUUUGAAACGAGCUUCCAUCGAUGCUCUAUAUCAGCUUGUACAGAAAGAUGCUCUGGAGAUGUCAAAGCUCGGAGGUGAUCGUAUGGUAGAAGAUUUGUUUUCUAUGCUAGAUGAUGACCCUUCCGUUGGCGGGGUGCGAGAGGUUAUUAGCUCGUGGCUUCAGCAGACUGCAAUCCACAACCCAUCUGCAUGGAUUGACCUUUGUCAGCGGAUCAUGCUGCGUUCAACUGCCUCUCAGCAGAUGCUGCAAACCAACAACACGUCGAUGGAUGAUGAGGGACAGUCGCUUAGUGUGUCUAUUCAGGACUCAAGUCGUAGUCAAGAUGGGCCGGUUGCUCUUACUUCUCGCUGGAGAACGCAGCUUUUUGCCUUGCAUUGCCUUCACGACAUCUGUACAGUCGUCACAACCUCAGGUCGCAUGGAGCAUAUAGAUCUACUUCUCGCAAAACGUCUCCAGAUUCCGACUCGAGGGCUUCUAGUCUCGAGGCUUCCUGACUUGAUUAAGAUGGCGUUUACCGCUUCAGCAGCAUACGUCAUUGAGAUCAGGUUGGAAGGGUUACUUGUACUGAAGGAUGUAAUUGAGACUUUUCGCAGUGCUCCCGAUCCAGAGUAUCCAGAGGCACUCCUGCUGGAGCAGCACCAAGCUCCUAUUGCGGCUGCACUCACCCCAGCGUUUUCUGCUGAUUCAUCGCCAGAGAUCGUGGCUGCUGCGAUCGAUGCUUGUGCAGUCUUCAUCGGCUCCGGCGUCGUCAAGGACGUCUCACGUAUGGGCCGAAUUUUGAAGCAAUUAACGUCUGCCUUGGAGCAAACUGAUGAGGCUGGCAACCUUUCCGUUGGCAAACUUAUUGACAUGAGCCCGACUGCCUCAGGUAUGCUCAGAAUCUCCGUUCUUGCUGCUUGGGCGCAGUUGGAGCUCGCUAGCACCAAGCAACUAUACCUGCAAGACGUCAUACGGCCCUAUCGUUCUGUACUCGCACCUCAAUGGGUUGCCUGUCUACGAGAUUACGCGCUGAUUCGUGCUGAUUCGGAAUUUGUCCAUGACACGUCGUCUGUUGUGGACUCCUCUUACACGCAACUUGGGAAGGUUGUACUGCUACCUUUCUAUAACAGUGCCUGGCCACUUAUCCUGCAAGCGGUCGGCAAGAACAUGGAAGAGGCCGAGCAGCACAUGCUGAACGCAAUGGCGGGUCAAACUGACUCUACGCCAGCAGCUCCCGCCAGAAACACGAACGAACCAGUGCCCACAUUCUUCAUAGUUUUAGGAAUAAUCUAUGAAGCAUUAGUUACAUCCCCUCCUGACUCAGUAUCUCACGAAGACAUCUCCAUAGCUUCUCUACGAACGCUGAAGUGUCUUGCAAGCCCCCGGUACUCAGGCAAAGCGCUCUUAGAACCAACAGUCUUCAAAGAACUCAUCAGCCUCUGCAACCGUCUUGCUAUGGUAGAGCCUGCAGGCACCCUUCUCUAUCUCACGGAGGUCCUACAGACUUUGGUGAUGUCCUUUGAUGAUGGCUCUCAUGGAUCUGAGGCCUUCCCCCCUGACUCUAUCCGGAUGCACUGUUCAAAGAUAUGCGCACAUAUGAUCCGACAUUCCGUCCAAGUUUCCAGCAUGCCCUCCAUCCAAGGCGAUGUUGUCAAUAUUGUGAAGAUGAUCAACGGUGCAUUUUCGACGUUUGAGACCAUUGCUAAGACCUUGAGCGGAAGUGUACGAGAAGACGUUCGCGGUGUUGCUUGCAUGCUCUUUGCAGAGCUACUGAAAGAUGAAACCCGCGAGCUCGACCUGAACACACCUUUGUUGCCAUGUUUGAAGGCACUACUAUCCAUUCCUAUUGACUCAUCCCCAGAGGCAAAGGACGUAUACAGCAAACUCAUAUAUGGCCUCCUUUCUUCCUGUCUUCUUAACGUAGAUGAAAUGCGCGGACGAGAGGGCGCGAUAUCAACUCGGAAAGUGAAAAGUAAUCUCUUGGCUGCAGUCCUUAUCAUUACCAUUGUCCCUCGUUCUAUCAAGGUCGCUCGUGGUGUGGUCGAACACCUGUUUUUCCUCAUCACGCAGAAACUUGACGAGGGUGAAGAGAUGGCACUCAUUGCUGUGCAUUGCGCUAAAACUGUGGCGAUCGCUGCAUCUGAGAAUGAGCUGUUGCGAGCUUCGAGUCGCAGCCUCCUCCCUGGACUUAUAGAGUAUAUAGCAAGGCUUUCUCCUAAAGCAGACGAAAGCUUUAUGAAUGAGCAACAAUUGACGUCCGUCGAAGAGACAUGGAAGACAUUCAACGCUUUCAUUUCAACCCUGCCACAAGACAAACGAUCUCGCUUGUUGGGUGUCAUAUUGCCGACAAUGACUCUAUGUUUGCGACCUUCUCAGUCAACGCUGAGCCCAUUACAUUCUAUCACUGUGAAACAGCUGCUCAGUUUUGCUACAUCAUCGCCGGAUGCGUUCAAAGAAGCAACUAAUCAUCUUGAUGUUUCUGCCCGAGAGCCCUUGGAGCAGUCUCUCCGCCGAGCACUGGGAGGUAACGGACAGGGAAACCAACAAGCUGCCAAACCACAGAUAUCUCUCAGGUCGUUCUGA